CCGAAAUUCUCUCUCUCUCUCUCUCUCUCUCUCUCUCUCUCUCUCUCUCAUGGAGUCUUUGUUAGCAAACUACGCCUCUGAAGAAGAAGAAGAGGAAGAGAGAGAAUCCUCUACUUCCUCCAAACCCACCUCAAAACCCCUCUCUCUCCCCCCACCAAAGCCCUCAAAAACGUCCUCCAUCCUUUCCUCUCUUCCUCCCCCUAAAUCCUCCUUCUUCUCCUCUCUCCCACCUCCCAAACCCCACCCUCCAAAACCUGCAAAUUCCACCUCUACAGAUCCCACCCCCAAAAGGGUUGUCCAAUUCAAACCCCCUCUCAAUCCAUUGCUCCUCAAAUCACAACAUCCCGACAUCGAAGACGAUGAAGAACAAGCAAAACCCACUAAGGAAAUCCCCUACCAAAUCCAAAACACCUCUUCGAAAUCCCUCUUCUCGAUACUCCCCCCUCCCAGGAACUCCCUUGGCGUGGCCCCACCUCGUAGAUCCGCUGUCGAAGCCACCACCCCUGCGGCAGCUGUCGAUGCGCCGAGGCUGGGCUCUGGAAGUGGUACUUUCGAGAAUAUGGGGAAUUAUGAAUCAUCAUCAGCUGCUGUGGGGUUGGGAACAGGCAAUGGUAACGGUGGCAAUUAUGUGAAUUAUGGGAAUUUCGAGGGUAAUUCAGUUGAUGGGUCAUUGGGAGAGGGCGGUGGAAAUUAUGGCAAUUAUGACAAUUAUGGGAAUUUUCAGCCUAGUUCAGUUGUUGGGUCCGCAGGGGUGAGCAAUGAGGAUUAUGGGAAUUAUGGAAGUCAUGAGGGUAAUUUGGUUGAUCGAUCUUUGGGGGCGAGCAAUGAGAAUUAUGAGAGUUAUGAGGGCAAUUGGGCUGAUGGGUCGACAGUGGUGAUGGGCUCAGGACCGUCGGGAACAGUCGAGAGUGUUGGGAGAAUGAUGGGGAAGAGAGGGAGGAAUGAGAUUCCUUCAAAUAUAGUCGAGGUGAAGCAGGAUGAGUUGAUUAGCAAUAGGCCCAGAGAGGAUCAGGUUAAGCUGACUGGGAUAGCUUUUGGGCCUGCCUAUCAGGUAUAUGAUCUUAGAUCAAUAAACUUUUGUGGGGCAAUGACAACUGCACAAAAUGAACAUUUUUCUGCUGCAGCCUGUCUCAUCCAGCAAGGGAAAACCUUCAAAGCUGCACAAAAGAAAGCACCAGAUCGGAUCCCUGUUCUUCGACAUGAAGCAGAAGGAGAUGGAGCUUGCAGAGCGGCGUGCCAAAGGCUUCCUAACAAAGGCAGAGACACAAGCCAAAUAUGGGUGGUGACGAUGCAUGCUCAUGAAAAGGAUGGUCUGCUCUGGAGAAAUCAACACAGCUCCUACGCUGUUGGCGUGUCGGCUCAUGGCUCCCAUCAAAAUACAGUGUAAUGCAGAUGAUGGUUGUGUGAUAGCUAUAUAUAGAUUCUUUCCAUCUAUAGCUAUCACACAACUAUCAUCAGCUUCUUCUUGCACUUUUAUCUUCUUCGUUUCAAACAAACCAAAGUCUAAGAAAAUCAUGACUAACUUUAAUAGGGUAGGACCCAUA